CAUUCUAAGAUGCAUUGAGAGAAGAAAACCAAACACUGUUUUGUUAAAUAGAAGCGAACACACCGGUAUUUGCGUGGCCUGAUUCAAAACACUCCUUUUCUUCUCGCCUUUCAUUCUCAUCACAAUCCAAACUUUAGCAUCCAAGAAACAACAAAACAAAAUGAUGAAGUUGAAUGCCUUGCUCCUUUUUCUCCUGGCUGCUGGGGCCUCAGCACAGACUUGUACUACAACACCUGCUCCUUCGGUAUCAUAUGGAUCAUACUUCCAAAGCAACCCACAAUGUCACGCGGGUGGAGACGUCACUCCCUUUGGAUACAAUUAUGGUUGGAAGAUGGACGGUUGCCAGACAGGUUCUUUCCCUCUUGACCAAGUUGCUGCAGGUUCUGGUAGUGAGAUCAAGGGUUCGUGUCCCACAGCUUCCGAUAUCGUUCUGGUUGUGAAUUGUGUUGGUAAUACUGCCGAUGUUUCGUGGACCGGUACUGGUGCCAAUGGUGCGGUGUUGGACAUCAAGGUGAAGGGGUCCAAUCGGGGUAAUCUCUUUGACGGCAGUGUCGCAAACGCCAACGGUGGGAACUAUGCUGCACCUGCAAACAAUGGUGGUCAAGUUCCGUCCAUUAGUCACCUUGAAAUCUGUCUCAACUGUCCCGUCUGUACUGAUCCGCCAGCGACUGACCCCCCGCCAACUGAUGGUAGCGCCGCUGGAGGAGAUCCCCACAUCAAGACAUGGGCAGGAGAAUACUUUGACUUUCAUGGAGAAUGUGAUCUUGUCCUGGCCCAUGCUAAAAGGUUUGAUGGAAAGCAAGACCUUGAUAUCCAUGCUCGAACCACCAUCCAAUGGGGCAAGUUCUCCUACAUUGAAUCGGCUGCUGUCAAGAUUGGAGAGGAUGUUCUCGAAGUGAGCAGUUGGGGAGAGUACUCUCUCAACGGAGUCGACGAUGCUCUGCCCAAUUCCGAUCAAGUCCUGUUUGUCCGCAAGCAAGUCAACGUUGCCACUCUCGGUGGAUACCCCAUCCACCAUGUGGAAGUUGACAACUCCAACAAGAGGCACAUCUUUGACAUCGUCCUCAAUGAGCAUGUGAACAUUACUGUUUCCUCCAUGAAGCAUCUUGUCAGUAUCAAGAUCAACCAUUCCGAUGAGCGGUACCUCAAGGAUGUUGUUGGACUCUUGGGUGAUAUCCAUGGAAACAUGUUGGCACGUGAUGGUGUCACUUCUUUGCAAGAGGAUCCUGUUGCCAUGGGAUUGGAGUGGCAGGUCCGGGACGAUGAUGUCAAGCUCUUUGAAACUGACCGUCACCCACAAUACCCACAGAAGUGCAUCCUUCCAGAGAUCACGGCAGAAAGGGAAGCUCGCCGUCUGGGUGAGGGUGUUACCGAAGGGGAGGCCGAGGUUGCCUGUGCCCACCUGCGAAGCAAUGCUCAUGCUUUUGCAAACUGUGUCUAUGAUGUGACCGCCAUGAAUGAUCUGGAAUUGGCACCAGUGGGCGCCAUGUAAAUUGUUGCUGCGAUAAGCAGUUUUUUAAAAAUAAAAUCUUUCUACAUAAAUGAAUAAAUGCGUGUGUUCUCUACUG